AUGAGCUAUAUUCCUCAGCAUGCGCUCGCCAACUUGAGGAAUUACUCCUAUAAAGGCGUGGACAAGUCAUUGCUGUCGAACUAUGUCCUGAACCCAUAUUGGACGUGGCUGGUGACCCUGUGGCCAACGUGGGUCGCGCCAAAUAUGAUUACACUGUCUGGGCUGUCGAUCGUAAUAAUCAAUUUCCUGACGUUGCUUUACUACGAUCCUACGUAUCUGGCUCAGAAGGGUGGUGCGUCUGUUCCGCAAUGGGUUUAUUACACUUGGGGCGCAGGGCUCUUCUUGUAUCAAAGUUUUGAUGCAAUUGACGGCAAGCAGGCUCGUCGCACUGGGAUGGCGGGGCCCUUAGGAGAGAUGUUUGACCAUGGAUGCGAUGCUCUCAAUACCACGCUUGAGGUCAUCCUCGCGUCGCAUGCAUUGAACUUGGGCCGUUCUUGGUGGACGGUUGCGGCUCAGGUCGCAACGCUAGCCAACUUCUACCUCACGACGUGGGAGGAGUAUUAUACCGGCCAGUUGUAUUUGGGGGUCUUCUCGGGACCCGUGGAAGGUAUCAUAAUGAUUGUUGCUAUCUAUAUUCUCACUGGUAUAUAUGGACCUACUUUCUGGGAUAAUAAAAUCCUUACUUUCACCGGUCUGGACCAGGUGGAUGCUAUCGCUAGCCGUGUGCCCAAUAUUGCCUUGAACGAGCUAUUCAUGGUAUUUGGCACCUUGGGUAUGGCAUUCAACAUCGCAACGAGCUAUGUAAACGUCUUUCGGUCUCGUCGCGCAUCCCACGGGUCCGUUUUCAAACCCCUGUGGUACCUCUUGCCCUUCCCCCUCUCUGUUGCUGCGCAGGUCCUCUGGAUGAACCACCCUAAAUUCACGAACUCGGACAUCCUCCGCUCCCCUGCUUUUGUUCCAUUCUUAUGUGCAUGGGGCCUCCAGUUCGCUCAUCAAGUAGGUAGGAUGAUCCUAGCGCACGUUACCGGUCAGCCCUUCCCUUGGUGGGAUUCGAUGUGGGUAUGGAGCGUCAUCGGUGCAGUCGAUGCUAAUCUCCCAUGGCUUAUAGGCCGCCCCCCGAUCAUCCAAUCUUCACCAGAAAACACCGAAAAAUUCGUCUAUGUUACGCUGGCCAUCGCGUUCUUGUCAUACAGCCGCUUCGUCGUGCUGGUCAUUAACGACAUUACGAACUACCUGGGUAUUGCCUGCUUGACGGUGCGCAAAAAGGACGCGAGGGGCGUAUGGCGUCAGGCCGGCCCGCAGGCUUCCAGCGAGAAGAAGGUAUGA